AUGUUACAUGACCAGAAAGCACAGUUACAAGAACAACUGACAGUAGUUCAAGUAGAGAACAAACAACUUGAAGAACAAGUGAAACAGCUACAGUCAAGUGUUGACUUAGCUGACAAAAAGAGGGCGGAAGCAACAUUGAGGCAAGUGGAAACACUGAUGCAAGAAAUAGAAGAGUUGAAAAUACAAAAAGAUACAGAGAAAAAAGAAAAGGAUCAAAUAUUGGAGGAGCACCAACAGCUAGUGUCUAAACUGACAUCUGAACUAGACAGAGAAAGUACAAAACUAGUAAAGCUUGAAAAUGAUUGCAUGACUUAUGAGGAAAAAGUCUCAAUUUUAGAAGAGAAGGUUAAAGCUUUAGAAAGUGAACAAAGUCACCUCAUGAAAGUGAUAGAUGACAAGACUAUUGAAGCAGAGACCAAGAAAGACAUUGAGAGAGAAAACUUAGAUCUGAAACAUAAAAUUGAUGAACUGUCAGACAUGUUGUCUUCACAGCAAAACCUUAGUCUUACACAGAAAGAGGAAAUCACUGCACUUGUGGGCAAAGUGUCUAACCUUGAAGACCAGGUCAAGGCUCUCCCUGCUGAAGAAAUACAAGUUGGGUUGGGAUGUGAACUAGACUCUACACAAUCUAAGUGCGCAGCAGAACUAGACUCUUGCAGCACUGGAAUAAGUCAGGAGAGAACUCAGGAAGAAAAUGUUGAGCUGACAAGUCAGAUCUAUCUGAAUCUGAACCAGGAGCUAUCUGACAAAACUUUGGCACUUGAAAAAGCCACCUCAGAAAUGUGUGAAUUAACGGAUGAAAUCCAAAGUUUAAAACUCAGAUGCACUGACUUUGAAUUUCAAGUUGAACAGUUAAGCAAAGAGCUAGAAUUGGUGAAAGAUGAAGCAAGUGAACAAAAUAAAAUUGUGGAUGAAAGAACACUGAACUUAUUGAAUCAAGUGUCAGAACUAGAGGCAGAGUUAGCCAACAGAAACACAGUUAUCUCACAACAACAGGAAAAGUUAACUGGGCUAGAAUCUAGCCUACUACUUUCUCAGCAAGGUCUGCUUUCAUUGCAGCAAGCACAAGAGGAGUUAUCUACUAGUAAGAAAGAAUUAAGUUCACUUCAGACAAAAUUGGAUGAAGUGACUGCCUCCAAGGAAUCUUUGCUUGAACAGGGGCAAAAGAUUAAAGACCAAUACAAUCAAUUGGUUCAGGAGAGACAAGAACUUCAAGAAGAGAGGGACUCUAUCAAGCUAGAGCUCGUCUCUGUACAAACACAACUUUCCUCUGCCAACGAAACACUAGUUGAGCUACAAUCAGCGUUACAUGAGAGAGACAUUGAAUUAACUCAUCUCAGACAGACAUCUGAGGAGCUACAACACAAAGUGAAAUGUUUAUCUCUGGAUUUAGAUUCCUCCUCUAAUCAGCUGUUCGAGUUUAAAUCAGUCAAUGACACUUUAAGAGGACAGUUAUCUUCUUACCAAGACAAUCUGGCCACACUAACACAGUCUCUAGAGACAGAUACAAAGCAGUCUGUGAGCUUGAUUCAAACACUUCAAGAUGAAAAAGACAUUUCUGAACAGCUUGUGACCUCGUUACAACGUCAGCUGGUGAGCCUUGAGGCAGAGCUGUCUGCUGCUCGUAGCGCUGUCGCUGAGAGGAAUAAGCAGAUAGCACUGUUGGCUGCAGCUGCGACUGAUGAAGAGACUAAAGCAGAUGGGCUAGUGACGGCUCUACAUAAAGUCCAAACAGACAAGACCCUACUGGAGAAGCAGACUCUCUAA